GCAGGAUAAAUCUACAUGACUUGCUGAAAGAAGAGAAAAUGUUAUGCUGGGGCUACUGGUCUUUUGGCCAGCCUGGGAUAGGUAGCAAUCUGCAAGUAAUCAUUCCAGAGCCCCAGGUAUAUGGAUUCAUUCAUGACAGAAAUGUCAAGGAGGUGGCUUGUGGAGGAAACCAUUCUGUCUUCCUACUGGAGGAUGGGGAAGUCUAUACCUGUGGGAUGAAUACCAAAGGACAGCUGGGCCAUGAACGAGAAGGAAACAAACCAGAGCAAAUUGGAGCAUUGGCAGAUCAGCACAUAGUGCGCAUUGCCUGCGGAGAGUCUCACAGCGUGGCACUCAGUGAGCAGGGCCAGCUCUUUGCGUGGGGUGCUGGGAGCGAUGGACAGCUGGGGCUUACUACCAUUGAAGAUUCAGUGGCAGUUCCAAGGUUAAUAAAGAAAUUGAACCAGCAGACGAUACUGCAGGUCUCCUGUGGCAGUUGGCAUUGCCUUGCUCUCUCUGCCGAUGGCCAGUUCUUCACCUGGGGGCAGAACAACUAUGGCCAGCUGGGCCUGGGGAAAGAAUGCCCCUCACAAGCCACGCCACAGCGUGUCAAAUUUCUUGACGGGAUUCCUUUGGCACAGGUUGCUGCUGGUGGGGCUCACAGCUUUGCCCUGUCUCUCUCAGGAGCUGUGUUUGGUUGGGGGAAGAACAGCUCAGGACAGCUGGGCUUAAGUGAUGAACAAGAUCGAGAGACCCCUUGCCAUGUGAAGCUCUUACGGUCUCAAAAGGUUGUCUAUAUCAGCUGUGGAGAAGAACAUACUGCAGUUCUAACAAAGAGUGGAGGGGUGUUCACGUUCGGUGCAGGUUCCUGUGGGCAGCUCGGCCAUGAUUCCAUGAAUGAUGAGGUUAAUCCCCGAAGAGUGCUGGAACUGAUGGGCAGUGAAGUGUCCCAGAUUGCUUGUGGCAGACACCACACUCUUGCCUUUGUGCCUUCUUCUGGAAUGAUCUAUGCAUUCGGCUGUGGAACAAGAGGCCAGCUGGGAACUGGACACACUUGCAAUGUUAAAUGCCCAUCUCCAGUCAAAGGUCAUUGGGCAGCUCACAAUGGGCAGCUCUCAGGGAAGCCUGAUGCCUGUAAAUAUCAUAUUGUUAAACAUAUCUUCUCUGGAGGAGACCAGACAUUUGUACUUUGCUCCAAGUAUGAGAAUUCGUUGCCAGCUGAUGAUUUCCGGACCAUAAAUGAAAGCCAUUAUACCUGUUUAAUAAAUGAUGAAACUAUAGAUGUUUGGAGACAAAACCUUUUAGAAAAAAACAGCUCUAAUUCUGUCAAUAAUGUUGUGCAGAUCCUGUCCUCUGCUGCGUGCUGGAAUGGAAGCUUCCUGGAGAAGAAAAUUGAUGAGCACUUUAAGACCAGUCCUAAAAUCCCAGGGAUAGACCUGAAUUCCACGCGAGUGCUGUUUGAGAAGCUAAUGAACUCUCAGCAUUCUCUUCUACUAGACCAGAUCUUGAAGAGCUUUGAAAGCUUUUUGAUUCCUCAGCUGUCAAGCUCACCACCAGAUGUUGAGGCAAUGAGAAUCUAUUUGAUUCUACCUGAAUUCCCGCCAUUUCAAGACUCAAAGUAUUAUAUAACAUUAACGCUUCCUCUAGCAAUGGCCAUUCUGCGUCUGGAUACAAACCCGAGCAAAGUUUUAGAUAAUUGGUGGUCUCAGGUGUGCCCAAGAUAUUUCUUGAGGUUAGUGGACCUCUAUAAAGGUGCAGUCGUUUACCUCCUCAGUGGACGAAAGACAUUACUGAUCCCCGUCCUUUUCAGUAGCUACAUUACAGCUGCUCUCAGACUGCUGGAGAAGCUGCACAAGGUAAAUCAGAAAGUCAGACAUGUGGAAUAUGACAAGUUUUAUAUCCCAGAGAUUUCUAGCUUGGUGGACAUUCAGGAAGACUAUCUCAUGUGGUUCUUGCAUCAAGCAGGAAUGAAAGUAAGGCCAUCUAUCAUGCAGGAUCCUGUGACACUCUGUUCUUACCCUUUCAUCUUUGAUGCUCAAGCCAAGACCAAAAUGCUACAGACAGAUGCAGAACUACAAAUGCAGGUGGCAAUCAAUGGUGCAAACUUGCAAAAUGUCUUCAUGCUUCUCACUCUGGAGCCUCUGCUGGCCAGAAGCCCUUUCCUAGUUCUUCAUGUCCGCAGGAGCAACUUGGUUGGCGAUGCUUUGAGGGAGCUGAGCAUUCAUUCAGAUAUUGAUUUGAAAAAGCCUCUUAAAGUGAUCUUUGAUGGCGAGGAGGCUGUUGAUGCUGGAGGGGUUACAAAGGAAUUUUUCCUUUUGUUGUUAAAAGAGCUCCUAAAUCCCAUCUAUGGGAUGUUCACUUACUAUACAGAAUCCAACCUGCUCUGGUUUUCAGAUAAGUGUUUUGUAGAACACAAUUGGUUUCACCUGAUUGGCAUAAUAUGUGGACUUGCCAUAUACAACUUCACUGUGGUCGACCUCCAUUUUCCGUUGGCUCUAUACAAGAAGCUGUUGAACGUGACACCUUGCUUAGAAGAUUUAAAAGAGUUGUCCCCUACAGAAGGAAGGAGUCUUCAGCAAGUUUUAGAUUAUCCUGGAGAAGAUGUAGAAGAAAUGUUCUGCUUGAAUUUUACAAUUUGCAGGGAAAGCUACGGCGUGACAGAGCAGAAGAAAUUAAUACCUGAAGGAGACAAAAUUACAGUGCAGAGGGACAAUCGGCAAGAAUUUGUUGAUGCCUAUGUGAAUUAUAUCUUCAAUCUCUCAGUCCAUGAAUGGUAUACAGCCUUCUCUACUGGCUUUCUGAAAGUGUGUGGUGGGAAAGUGCUUGAACUCUUUCAGCCCACAGAGCUGAGGGCCAUGAUAGUUGGGAACAGCAAUUACAACUGGGAGGAACUGGAAGAGAGCACUAUCUACAAAGGGGAUUACUCUGCUACACACCCAACAGUGAAGAUGUUCUGGGAAACCUUUCAUGAAUUUCCCUUGGAAAAGAAGAAGAAAUUUCUGUUGUUCCUGACCGGCAGUGACCGCAUUCCUAUCUAUGGCAUGUCAAGCUUGCGCAUGAUCAUCCAGUCCACGUCAAGUGGAGAGCAGUACCUGCCGGUGGCUCACACCUGCUAUAACCUCCUUGAUCUACCUAAGUACAGCAGUAAGGAGAUCCUGAGCGCACGGCUCACAAAAGCCAUUGAUCACUAUGAGGGGUUUAGCUUGGCCUGACCAGCACGAGAAAAAUGCAGGCAACUGUCCACAGAGGAACACCAGUGGAGUUGGCUCUAUUUUUGUGAAGUAAUGGAUCAAACUAUUUAAAAUAAUUAGAUACAGAGGCCAUGGAGACCCAGCUGAUCUGUGAAUGUUUUGGGGGAUUUUAGCAGGGAGAGGAAAUUGCUUUGGCAUUUCUAACCCACCCAGCAAAGUGAGUUCAACCUUGUUUUGUUUUCAGUUUUUGUUUUCCUAACGGCUUCUUGCAGUUUUCACCUCCCUCCCUCCUUCCCCCAACAGCCUUUUAAAUCAGCAUCACUGUUUUGAUCUUUGUUGUUCCUUCAAUGGUAGAACUGCUGGGUGAAAUGGUGGUCUCUCUCUCUCUCCUUUCUUUUUUUUAAACUGUGAUUCCUCAGCCCUUCUCCACCCCUUUAAAUUGCAAGCUGGUUCUUGCUUGCUUAGAAUUGAUAUAUCCUGUCCCUUCUGCACUGCUUCCCUCUAUCCAGGGCAGCUGAGUACUGGCUGGGUCCUUUUAUGUAAAGCUCUGUCCCCAAAAUCCCCCCGCACAAUACACUUCUCAUGGUACGUAUUCAUUAUGUUUGCACCAGACUGUCAAGACUGUGGGUUAUGUAGGGUGAUUUUUCUUUGGUUUUGAAUUUUGCUUCCAAAUGGAGUCACCUCAAGCUUUUAAGGAGUUCUCUAGAGUGGGCUUGUGUAUAGAGUUGAGGAAGAACAAAUCUUAACUAUAAUAAUGUUUCCUGUAUUGCAUCUCUCCUAUACCAUGUUCGUUUUUGGCAAGUCUGCAAUAAUAAACCAAGGUGAGGGCUGAACUUGGCCCUUUAGUUUUCCCAUUGUUAGAUGCUAGAUAGCUGUUCUUCUGCCAUCCUACCCUUUUGGAGGAGUUGCACAGGUAUCAAAGAGUUCCAAUCUCCAAAAGAAAAAAAAAUCAAACCCAAGUGACAAUGUAGCCCCCUCCUUCCCUUCUCCCCCCUUUAUGGCUGUGUGUAUUUGCAGUCAGGGUUUUUUGGGGUUUUUUGUCGUUGUCGCUGUUUGUUUUAUUUUAUAUUUAACUAUUUGACUGCAAUACUUGACAUUUUUUUUCUCCAUUAAAUUUGGGACUCUUAAGGACAAUCUUUUAUUGAUCAGAUUUUGAAAUGUACAUUAAUAGUCCUGGGAGAAAGAAGAACUAAACAUCUGUUUCCCAAAAGAUUAUGGCUCCUGCCUCUUCCCCCUCCUCCAUAAAGAAUUAAAAUGGUGAGCAAUCCCUCAUUUUCCAAAAUUUGGUGUAAACCUAAUUUUAAACCUAUGGUGGUUGCAGAACGGACUCAUUUAUAAAUCAUGCAUUACUUAUGCACCGUGUUCAAUAUGUAGUAUUGAACUUUGCACCUCCUGAGAAAAAAGAAGUUGUAAGCUUUCAGGUUUUUUAAACGAGGUAAGGGGCUAUGUUGGUAGCCUCGCAGCCUCUUUAUAAUACAGCAUUAAAGACAAAUAUACAGAUCUAUGAAAUGUUUAUUUUCUAUGUGUGUGUACAUAGUUCAGUAUUAUGCAAUAAAUUUGAUGUUUAAUUC